AUGCACUUCCUUGUGUAUAUAUACUCCAACCCCAUCUCUUCAUAAAGCAAAACAACACAGCCCAUUUCUCUUUCUCUCAAAAACUCAUUUUUUUUUGUCUUUCGAUUCAAACAAAAUGGAAUACAGCUGUAUAGACGACACUACUAGUACCACUUCAGAAUCUCUCUCCACCUCCACGCCGUCACCGAAGAAGACGACGGAAAAACUCUCUCCUCCGGCGAUGCGUCUCUACAGAAUGGGAAGCGGAGGAAGCAGCGUCGUCCUCGAUUCAGACAACGGCGUCGAGACCGAGUCACGGAAGCUCCCGUCGUCGAAAUUCAAAGGCGUCGUGCCUCAGCCUAACGGAAGAUGGGGAGCUCAGAUUUACGAGAAGCAUCAGCGAGUCUGGUUAGGCACUUUCAACGAGGAGGAAGAAGCCGCCUCUUCCUACGACAUCGCCGCUCGUAGAUUCCGCGGCCGCGACGCCGUCACUAAUUUCAAGACUCCGGCGAUUGACAACGACGGUGAUGACGCCGAAUCGGCUUUCCUCGAGUCUCAUUCUAAAGCUGAGAUCGUUGAUAUGUUGAGGAAACACACUUACGCCGACGAGCUUCAACAGAGCAAAAGGAGGUUCCUUGACGGUAACGGUAACGGAAAACGCUGUGAAUCGACGACGAUAAUGACAAGCCCGCACGGAAACGACGGCGUUUUGAGACCGCGUGAGGUUCUGUUCGAGAAAACCGUUACGCCGAGCGACGUCGGGAAGCUGAACCGGUUAGUGAUACCGAAACAGCACGCGGAGAAGCAUUUUCCGUUACCGGCGAUGACGACGGCGACGGCGACGACGAAUCCGUCUCCGACGAAAGGUGUUUUGAUAAACCUGGAGGACAGAGCAGGGAAAGUGUGGCGGUUCCGUUACUCGUACUGGAACAGCAGUCAAAGUUACGUGUUGACCAAGGGGUGGAGCCGGUUCGUCAAAGAGAAGAAUCUCCGAGCCGGCGAUGCGGUUUGUUUUGAGAGAUCGACCGGACCAGACCGGCAAUUGUAUAUCGACUGGAAAGUCCGGUCUGGUACGGAGCUAAUAAGCACCCCGGUUCAAACUGUGGUUCGGCUUUUCGGGGUUAACAUUUUCAAACCAAACGACGUCGCAGGAGAGUGCGGUGGGAAGAAGAGAUCUCGGGAAGUUGAUUUGUUUGCGUUAGGGUGUUCGAAGAAGCAGGCGAUUAUCAACGCCUUGUGACAAUUUCCUUUUUUUAUUUAAUUUAAAAAUUUGUGUCUCUUUUUUCAAAUUUUAUUAAAUUGGCAAGUUGUAAAUUAGGACAAAAGACAAGAAAAAUGAUGACUAGGAAAUAGUUUUUGCUCACAUCUAAUUUGGGUUUGUUUUUCACCCUUGCUGAAUAUGAUGAUAUUUGUUUUUAGA